AUGACCGUUUCUUACGCAGUUGUCGGCGCGUCCCGUGGAAUUGGACUCGAAUACGUCCGCCAGCUGGCCACCCGCCCGGACACGAUCGUCUUUGCGAUCGUCCGCAACAAGAAAGGCAGCUUCCACCUCACUGCCGCUAUUGCGAACUUCAAGAACGUACACGUCUUCGAAGCCGACGUCGUGGACCACGCGUCUCUGGAGCGUGCUGCGAAGGAAGUCGCCGCUAUCAGCGGUGGGAAGCUGGACGUCCUCAUCCACAACGCCGGCCGCAUGAGCGGGCAGGCCGUCUGGAUGGGUUUCAAGGACUACCCGAACAUGGACGCGCUCGACGCAGACUGCAUUGAAGCGUACAAGAUCAACGCCCUCGGCGUCGUCCACGGCAUCGCCGCCUUCCUUCCUCUCCUACGCGCCGGCCCGACGAAGAAGAUCGCCGUGCUCGGCACAGACGGCGCUAUCCCGAACACCGUGUACGCCCUCGGCCUCCCGGACCUGUGCGCAUACUCGAUGUCCAAGGCCGCGAGCAUGCUGGCCACCGCGAAGUGGGCCUUGCAGCUCAAGGACGAGGGCUUCAUCGUCGUCACGCUCGCGCCUGGGCUUGUCGACACCACCGACACGGUCGGCACGUCGGGUACGCGUAUUGUUCCUUCGGCACGGUUUCUAGGGGGUACCUUUUUGACUGUGUGA